CACAUAACCCUGAGUGGAGCCAAAAUGUAACGAGCCCUGAUCACAAACUGACAACAGCUGCUGUGUCACUGCGGGAAACAAUAUCUCUAAUACUACAAUGCUUCUGUAUCUGCUGUUGCCUCAGCUAGUUUUCGUUAACAGCUCCGUGCUGCAGCACCCAGACAGUCCUUUAGAUAUAUUAACAUAUGUGUCCAACAUGUCUGUGGACUGGGUAGGAUAUGGGUACGCAGCCCUCAUUGCAUCCGGGGGAGUCGUUGGUUAUGUGAAAGCAGGCAGCGUCCCCUCCCUGGCAGCCGGUGCUCUCUUCGGUGGCCUGGCAGGUUUGGGAGCCUACCAGAUCUCCAAUGACCCCAAUAACAUUUGGGUGUCCCUCGCUACAUCAGGAGCUCUGACAGGCAUCAUGGGAAAGAGGUUCUACGCAUCCAGGAAGUUAAUGCCAGCUGGCUUGAUGGCUGGAGCAAGUCUCCUGAUGGUGGGGAAGCUCAGUUUGGCGUUGCUCCAGAAACCCCAGAGUACCUGAUGGAGUGAAGAUUCUAAUGUGUACCCAAUCUUCUGUUUAAGGAGCAGCCUGUCAGCACUUGUCAUUCACUGUUAAUGUCAUUUUGUAACAAAAAAAGAAGUGUAUAUUUGAGGAUGAAAUAUAAUACCUUGUUUAUAUAUAGGAA